UUCAACCAAGAUGGCAGCGUCCUUGACAGGCAUGUUUUGAUUCCUGUUGAGUGUCGAACAUGCUAAACAGUUGUAAUUUCACGAGCUGCAGGACUGACAGGAGGUGAUCCUGAGAGCGGAGGAUGGAGAGACGAGAGUUUGUAGCGUCCUUGGUGGCAGGAGGCUGUGCUGGGAUGUGUGUGGACCUGACCCUCUUCCCCCUGGACACCAUUAAGACAAGACUGCAGAGUCAGCAGGGCUUCUACAAGGCAGGGGGCUUCAGGGGCAUCUACGCUGGAGUCCCAUCUGCUGCUGUUGGCUCCUUCCCCAACGCCGCUGCUUUCUUUGUCACCUACGACUGCACAAAGUCCCUUCUCGGUGCUGGAGGAGCGCUAGCAGCACAACACGUGGCACCUGUCACUCACAUGCUGGCCGCCUCUCUGGGAGAAAUAGUGGCGUGUCUGAUCCGGGUGCCCACAGAGGUGGUCAAACAGAGGACCCAAGCUUCUCCGUCUUCCACUACCUAUCACAUGCUGCUGACCACUCUCAAAGAAGAGGGUGUCCGAGGCUUGUACAGAGGAUACGGGAGCACUGUCCUCAGAGAGAUCCCGUUCUCACUGGUGCAGUUUCCUCUUUGGGAAUAUUUGAAGACUCUGUGGUCAUGGAGGCAAGGUCACACGCUCUACUCUUGGCAGGCUGCAGUGUGCGGAGCUUUUGCAGGUGCGGUAGCGGCUUUAGUCACCACUCCUCUUGACGUGGCGAAGACCAGGAUCAUGCUUGCAAAGGCGGGGUCAAGCACAGCAAGCGGCAACAUCCCACUGGUGCUCUACGACGUGUGGAAGAGCCGGGGAAUCACAGGGCUUUUUGCGGGCAGCAUCCCGAGGAUGACCUUCAUCAGCUUGGGUGGUUUUAUCUUCUUGGGAGCCUAUGAGAAGGUCCGCAGCACUUUGCUAUAGCAGCAUGUCAUCAGUGACUGUCCGCAGGUCUGACCUGCCAGAGGGAAAGGAGGAGAAAUGGCUCUCAAAGUUGCACCCUUGUCCACUAAGCUGCUCCACACUGAACAUCAGUGAUGUGAGGGCCCCUGGAGGUAACAGACACCAGGUACUCUGAGAGAGCACCGUCCUCAGGCCUGAUCUCGCCCAGUGUGCUGUUCCUGCUCAUCUGAGCCCUUUGGAGUUAACAGCCUGAUCUUGAGCUAGUGUGGAAAAACGCAGACAACGCCCUGUCACCAGAGACUGUCAGUGAGCAUCUUUACUGUUUAAUGUGUGUGAAUUCAUAAGUUAUGCUAUUAAAUGCUGUCUCUUUUUA